CGUAGUGGGAGACGACUCUGAAAGAGGGACUGACUCUCUCUAUCAGAUCUAGAGUUCACUUAUAUAUAUUAAAGUAGUUUGACCAGAGAGAGAGACACAAGACCUGUUUCGUUCUACCUUCUAUCCCAAAGUGAAAGAAAGAGAAAUGGAGGAAGCGGCGGCGCAUCCUUACGUUCCGAGGGAUCUGAAACUGCCUGGAUACGUUCCCAUCUCCAUGUCCAUGUCAAGCAUCCUCGCAGUCUACCUCGGUGCUUCCCUCUUUGUCGUCACCUUCGUCUGGUUUCUACUCGGGAGGAAGAAAACGCAUCUUGAUAGAUUGCUAAUGUGCUGGUGGGCUUUCACGGGUCUCACUCACAUGGUUCUUGAGGGCUAUUUCGUCUUCUCCCCUGAGUUUUACAAGGACAACACUUCUUGUUAUCUCGCUGAAGUUUGGAAAGAAUACAGCAAAGGUGAUUCGAGAUACGCAGGCAGAGAUUCUGCAGUUAUAGCUGUUGAAGGCAUCACUGCUGUUAUUGAAGGCCCUGCUUGUCUUCUUGCUGUGUAUGCUAUUUCUAAGGGGAAGUCGUACAGCUACGUGCUUCAGCUUGCGAUCUCGCUAGGCCAGCUCUACGGAUGUCUUGUCUAUUUCAUUACUGCUUUCUUGGAAGGAGAUAACUUUGCUACAAACUCGUUCUACUAUUACUCUUACUACAUUGGGGCUAAUGGAUGGUGGGUUUUGAUUCCUUUGCUCAUUUCUUACCGUUGCUGGAACAAGAUCUGUGAAAGUGCCAAUGGUGUGGAGACAAAGAUGAAGAAGAAAAUCCGUUAGAAAAUGCAAACUCUUUACAAGAUUCUAGUCUAUGGUCUCUUUUGUGGCUUUGGAUGUUUUCUGCAAAGGUUUUUCUUUUGGCAGAGUUUGUUUUCUGCAAUGAGUUGUUUCCUCAUUACUUGAGAACAUCAUUAGACUGUUGUUCACCUUUGGCAAUUGAAUUUGGUUUCAUGUUUA